AUGGCGGACGAGGACGUUGCCAUCUACGACGAGAUUGAAAUCGAAGACUGCACAUACGACGAAACGCUCCAGAUAUACCACCACCCAUGUCCUUGCGGCGACCGCUUUGAAAUUUCCCUGGCGGACAUGCGCGACGGCGAGGAUAUUGCACGCUGUCCAAGUUGCAGUUUGAUGAUCAGGAUAAUAUUCGAUCCGUCCGAUCUCCCUGAGGAGAAGCAAGACUCGGCGCAAGGCAUUGCCAUCACUGCUUAG